GCAAUGAGGCUCGGGAUUUGAACUAAUGCCAUCGCACUGACUCAUCCAGGGAGAGUAAAGGAGCUCAGAGAACAAGGAUACCAAGCUAGAGAGGCGCUUGCUCAAGGGAAAGAGAAAGGAGGGGGAGGUUACGUGUAAGCAGGGGGACAGAAGAGUUCGCCUUCGUGGCCGAGGAGAGCAAAAUCAAGAGCUAGAUCGAUAAUUCAGUCAAAUUUUUCAACAAUAAAUAAAUAAAAAGAGCCUCAAAUCCCGGGCUGAGUCAUCCAGUCCAGUUCGAGCAGGAAGACGGCACUUUUCUGAAGGGCUUAAUUAUACAGGAGGCAACGAUCCUCCUUAAAACUACAGAGAGAUUAAGACUUGGAUACCAGUAGGCAGGCAAAGGGGAAAGAAGGGGAAACAAGACACGUCCAAUUUUCUUUAGAAAUAAAGACGCGUUUGGAAAGUCUCUCUUUUUUUAAAGACUGUUCACAGUUAUGCUGACGUUCUUAAGAGACUCAAUGAUUUGGCUCUACAAGCAGUGAAUUUUGCAUUCUUAUACGUGGUAGGUUUGGGGUGAAUCUUUUCUUUUUUAAUCCCACGGUCCUGUUUCAAGAGAGAGAGAGAGAGAGAAAUCAGGCUUUAAAAUAGAAUCAAAAUCCAAAUUGCCAGCUGCAUCCGCCUCCACCUGAGCGCGCUUGAAACCUAAAGCAUCACGAUUGGAAACCAAGACAGGAAGGUGGAACAAGAGGGAACAACAGCUAGAAAGAAUAUUAUUUUUUCAUUAUUAUUUCUCUUCCACUUGCACCUUGGACAAUGUACCAGGACUUUCCGGCAAAUUUUGAUACCUCCUCUCGGGGCAGCAGCACUUCUCCAGGGCAUCCGGAAACUUACUCGAGCAUCACAACUCAACAGAAAUUCCGGGUCGAUAUGCCAGGAUCGAGCAACACAUUUAUUCCUACUCUCAACGCGAUAACCACCAGCCAAGACCUACAGUGGAUGGUUCAGCCCACCGUGAUAACCUCCAUGCCAAGUGCCUACUCUCGCUCGCAUCCCUACAGCCAUGCAUUGCCCAACCUGUCUUCGGUUACUGGACACACAGCCCUACAAAGGCCUGGUGUUAUUAAAACCAUUGGGACCACCGUGGGCAGGAGGAGAAGAGAUGAGCAGUUAUCACCUGAAGAAGAAGAGAAGCGAAGAAUUCGAAGAGAAAGGAACAAACUAGCAGCAGCGAAAUGCCGUAACAGGCGCCGAGAGCUGACUGAGAAACUCCAGGCAGAAACAGAGGAGCUGGAGGAGGAGAAAUCAGUGCUGCAAAAGGAGAUUGCUGAACUAGAGAAGGAGAAGGAGAAGCUGAAAUUCAUGUUAAUGGCUCACAGCCCCAUGUGCAAGAUCAGCCCCGAGGGGCAUCGAACCCCUCCACCUCAUAACCUCCAGGCCCUGAGGACUGGAAUGAGUGGUCCUGUGGUGGUGAAACAAGAGCCUAUGGAGGAAGAGAUCCCCUCUUCCUCUUCAGAUCCCGAAAAAGGGCAAAGAUCUGUCAUUAAGCCCAUCAGCAUUGUUGGGGGGUUUUAUGGAGAAGAGCCACUCAACACACCUAUUGUAGUGACUUCGACUCCUGCUGUUACCCCUGGAACAUCCAACUUGGUCUUCACCUAUCCCAGUGUGCUGGACCAGGAUUCACCACUCUCCCCCUCAGAAUCCUGUUCCAAAGCUCACCGGAGGAGCAGCAGCAGCGGGGAUCAGUCAUCUGAUUCCUUGAACUCUCCAACUCUACUGGCGCUGUAACCCUUUAGCCACCACUCCACCCAGUUACUGUUGUGGGGGGGGAACCCCCACCUCAAGACCAGAGACAGCACAAUGGCAUUCGAGCACAAGGCCAACAAGAGCCAGGAAAGGAAAUGAUGUUGCUCCAGAUACUUCCUUAGACAGGAAGACUAGAACAAAUGAAAGCUGUAUCAGUCUGGAGUUGGUAAGCAGCAGUCACAAUCCCAGGACCCAACGAUGAGGGGUUUUCCCUCACUCACCAAUGACUGCAGUGGAUGUGACUGUCCAUAAAUUGCUAGCCAUUUUCCUGUUAGGUUGAUGAAUGGACCGUCUGACCUGGCUCCUUCUCCUGCGCUAAAGUAGUACAUUCCAGUUAGUUGAUCUCAUUUGGGCCUUAACAUUUUCUUGAUUUUUGUUGGAUACCAUGACAUUUCGAAAACUCUAAAGGCUUGCUGAACCACUGCUGAUAUUGAGAGCUGCCUCCUGGGAAAUUUUUGCCAUAUUUGGGUGGCUUUUGGCACAUGGUGGAAGUUUUUGGGGAGAAGGGAAAUUUAUUACAGGUCCAAAUGGUUCUUCAAAAGUUACACAUCCAGUGUCUUCAUUAGGGAAUGGGGAAAAUGAUGGGGAAACUGGUUAACAAAAAGACAAGAGUCUCCUUGAAGACAAUAGGGAACAGUGCACUGUUUGUGUCUACAAAGGCUGUAUCUGCAACAUACCUUCGUCAGUGGGCCAGGAGUGGUGCCAAGGGAGCUGGGGAAAUGCCAGAGUGGGUUUCCACUAAGCCUUUAUUUCUGGCAUGAUGUCUUCUGUAAUUAGUGUUUGUCAAAUCUGUUGCAGGACCCUGUGUUUUCUUUCCUUUUGGCUGCCAGCCACCUUGGGUGUGAUGCAGCUUCCUCUGAAGUAUGCCUGAAUCACCUGCUGGUGCUGUUUCUCAAACAGAGCUACCAGCUUCCAGGUUGCAGGCGGUUGCCCUUGCCCAGUGCUGCCAUUCUUCUUGUGGCUGAUCAGGGAAGGGGAUUAAUUUGAGGGAGAAUGUGCAAGAAGCUCCCUGGAAGAAAUCCCCACCCCACCCCUUUGGCUAAAUUUCAGUCAUCGGGACCUGGCCAGGGUUAUGUGUAUUGCCAUCUGAUGGUGUCAGGCCAAAUCAGUCCUUUUCCUAGUCCUAGAGACAACUGAAGAAAAAUGGAUUCUGCACUUUGCCUCCCGCUGCGCUUGGUUUCCAACUCUUAACUACAUACGACUGAUAAAAAACAAAAUCUGUGCUCACUACUGAAAAAGGCAGCAUGUUUCACUUAUGUACACCCCCUGUAGUGCCAAGCAUUAAUGCAACUGUACAUAAAGAAUGUGCCGAUUUUAGCAGGGAUACCCACAGAUAACUUGGAGAGAGGUUUGUUAUAUCUUCAUCUGGAAGUAGACAGUUUUACUCUAAAACUUGUCCUUUACAAAAUACAUGAGAUAACUCAAGUUGAUGGUAAACAUAUUAACGACUGGGUCUGCUUUCAUUUUCUUUUAUGGAAUAUGUGGACGAGCUAGGCAAGGAAGCUGAUAAUUUUUUUACCCCCUUGUGCUCUUCAAGCCAUGUUAAGUCCGGCGGUGGGCAUCUUUGCCUCUCUUCAAGAUUUGCCUUAACAGCUGGGAAACUGCAGUCUUGAUUCGGAAGUGUUUUUUUAUUGAUAUCAGUGAUCACAUUCCUGUUUAUUUUUAAUGUGUCUGGGUCACAGCCAUAGUUAGGAAUAUAAUGCUAGGUUAUUUGAUCAGAGUUUCUAAUUAAUGAAGUUUUUAGAAUGAUCUAGAUCAGGGGUGUCAAACUCACAUUGUCACAGCGGCAUUACGUGAUGUAUCGGGACUUUCCCCCCCUUCACUAAACUGGGCAUAGGCGUGGUCAGACUGUGAUGCAUCUGGCCUGCAGGCCGAGAGUUUGACAACUCUGAUCUAGAUUAUGGGCUUUCCCCCCCCCUAAUUAGAGAAGUCAGAUUUGGUGACCUGAAUGAAUUCUAGGGAAUUUUGAGUACUGUAAAGGUAGCAUUUGAUUCAAGUGGAGGUCAGUUCCUGGUGAUUUUGUGGACAUGUUUUUAUCAUUGUUUGGACAAUGAUGGAGGCUUGCUUUCUUCAACAAUAUUUUUAAACUCCAGUCUAAUCUGCAAUCUGGGAUUCCCUAGAGGUCUCCCAAAUAUUGAUUAGAUCCAAAACAAACUCCACUUAGCUUCUAAACCCAGAAAUGAUGAAGCUUCAUUAUCUAUUUUUGCCUAUGCUGGCCAUAGGAGGAAAAAAAUCUAGAUUAUUUCUGGCUACUGGUAGUAUAUUUGACUGCUAAACAUGUCCUAGACAUUACUUAACACUAUAAAGUUUAUAUUUACAGCAAUAAAAGCCAAACAUUUGUUUUACAGAGAAGAAAGAGUGUACAAACUGAUUUUUCUAGCUGUUAUCUCCUAUAGUAGAUUCUGUUUAUUGAAAUAAUUUAAACCAGCUGACCCAAUUUAUGCUCAAUUUAUGUGCAAUGCCAUAGUCUGAACCAAAAUUCAUGUGGUGAACAAGUCUUUCUGUAAACAUGUUGAGCUGUAUCAUGUUGAGGAAGACUGGUGUAAAACCACACUAAAAAGUUGUCUAGAACUGCUUUUAUAUGCACAUGAUAAGUAUGUUGUAUGGCUGAAGAUUCAGACUCGAGCAUCUCAUGUUUGGUAUUUUAAGGAAGAUUCUGAUCUUAAUGGGAGCAUCUUGUCACUAGAGUCAAAAGGAACUACUCAAUAUACUUAUAUCAGAAGUAAGGGACCAAUGCUUCUCUGCCUUAGUGUUUCAGAAAUAAAAUGGCCACAAUUCAUUUAGCACAAAUUCCAUCUUCUUAGGAAUUAUUGGAAAAACUAAAGGGUAAAUAAAAUUAAAUAAUUUGACCUGCAAUUUUGGAAGUUAAAUGAUUAUUGGCAGAAGACGACAAUAUUCUGUCAAAAUUUCCCAUUAAUGUGCCAGUAGCAGGGUUAAGUAUUCAGUUCCACGUUGAAUCUAUGACCUUGCCAUCAUUCCACAGAUAAACUUGCUUUUCAAUAUGUGCUUUUCAAGAAGUGUUGCUCCAGAAAACUGGGAGAAUUGAAGAAAGUACCUGAGUAGUGAUCCUUUUGUUCUAAUUCCAUGAAGCAGGACAUGAUGAUGCUGAGCUCAAUCAGAUAGAAAAUAGAAAAUUGCUUCAAACUUGGCUGAAGGAAUAGCAAUCUUAAGGGAUGCUUCUAGAUAUCUAGACUUCUAUAAUUGGUUCUGAUUGUUGACUCAGAUCUCUCUAGGUAAUUUUAGCUUGCUUCUCAUUUCAUUUUUAUUCCAUGGGUUUGUGUAUCCCAGUUGGAUGAUGGUUCCUGGAAUCUAGCAAAAGUAUAUUUGUAUUUGUCUUCAUCCAGUCUUAUUACUUCAAGCAGGUUAAGGCCAUUAUGCUCUUCCAGUAAGUGGUGUCUUUGUGGUUAAUACUUUUUGGUCAACCUUGUACAAUUGGUUCAUUAAUGUGUUCAGAUUGAGCACUGCCAUAUUUUGGGUAGUUGAAUCCAGCUUUUAUUCUAGUUUUGGCUUUUUUUUAGCAUCUUUUUAAAUAUGCACAUUUAUACCCUUGAAAUUGCAUAUUUGCAUUUUCCCUUCUGCCUCACAGGUGUAAAUGCUGUAAAAUGUUUGCAUGGCACAAACUCUUCUGUUUUGGCUUUUUCUUCCACAAGCUUCUGGUCUAUAGAACAAUUGGCAGAGACCCAUGUUUUACAAUUGUCCCAAUUCGCUGAAGGAGACCUAGUAGUAGGAAUUAUUUAGCCUCAUGAGAGCAAUAUAGGAUGGCAUCUUACACAUGGCUCAUGGUUAUAACUAACAUCUCAGAUCUUGUUUUCUGUGGUACAGUUCUAUGAGUAACACGCUUGUGCGUGAAGUCUUAAUAACAGCUUUUAUGCAAUAAAGCAAACUUAAGAAGUUUUGUAGAAUACGUUGUAUCCAAAUUUUUUACAAUCUACAGGAUUUAUACCAAACUCUGAUCUGGCAAUGUUUUGCCCAGCUACUUUAGGACUUAUAUGCAUGCCUUGAUGGAAAGCAAUUCCUGUUCUUGCAGUAUUUUGGAGAAAACAGCAUCUUUUCCAGAGAAAAAGUCUACUUGUCUCCCAACACUAAUGCAUUUUUCUCUCUCUCUUUAAAUUCCUGCUUCCUACCCAUUCUUAGUUCUAAUGUUUAUACUUGACUUUUUUAUUUCCAUUAGAACACAAUCCAGCAAACUCUUUGCUUUGCAGCUUCUGUUAAUUUCAACCUGUUUUCACCUGAUGACACAGCUAGGGGUGGUGUAGUCACUGGGUUUGAUGAAUUUUGCUUAUUAAACCAGCUGAGUACUUGUGAUAUAACAGGAUCUGAGGUCAUCAUAUCAGUAUCAAUGGAUUUAAAAAUAUCCUUAUUGUUUUAUUUAAUUGAUCCACUAAGUUCACUUGAACUUAGCAGUAUGCUUCUUUUGUAUUCCAAUCAUAAUAACACUCAUUAUUUCUUAUUUAUUGGCAAGCAAACAUUUUUUGUGUCGGCUACAGUGAAUCUGCUCACCAUUAAUUAAACAAAUUGUUCCUAUUUUUUAUGCCAAAAUGAAAUUAAUCAGAGAGGGUCAAAACUAAAAGAGAAUGCAAGUGAUAGCAUAUCUUUCUUGGUUGUUUUUUAACAUAGACUUAUAAUGUUUACAUCUUUUUCUUUGCCACAGAUCUGGAUUUGAAAAAUAUUUUUUCCCUACUGAUUUUUAAAAUCCUGAUUUUUUUUUCUUUUUCAAAUAAAAAUAGUUAGACAUGGUAAGAGUUAAUAAUUUCUCCCCUUCCCUUUGUAUAAUUUUUCAAUGAAUUGUCUUGGUGCUUCAUUUUGGUUCUCAUUGUUGUUCUGUUCAAAUCUGUAUGAAUAUCUGUUCUGUUUAGAAAUGGUUUACUAGUCUCAAUUUCAUGUUUUUUUCAUUCAUGAGAAUUAUUAUUUUCGGGGGGGUGGGUGGGAAAGAAUGAGGUGUUCAUUAAGCCAUAAGUAUCUAUCUGUGCAAUAAACACUAGGCAAGUGCUUUCAGAAAAGGUUGGUAUCUCAGUCAUAAUGCGCUUCGCAGGCAAAAGUUUCCAGGGCUUUUCUAAGUAGGACUGCCUCAACUGCUGAAUGAAACAGACUUGAUAACUCACUUUCUGUUUCUUCCAAAAAACCAAUGGUUCCUAUGAUCAUAUUCAGCAUUCCAUUUAGGUGGCAUUUUUGCAUAUCAGUAUAAUCCUAGGGUGUGUUUUAUUCCAAUUCAUUAAAAAUCCAUUCUGCAGGCAAAAAGAUCUAAAAUGGGCAAGUAGAAUAUGAUUUAAUUCCCACAGAAAGAGUAAAAAUGGUGCUCUUUCAUUACAUCCAUCGGUUUGCAUGAAUUGGGUUUGUUUUUUUUAAAUUGACAACAAAGAAUGUUGAUGUGAUUCCAUAUCCAGGCUGAUGGAAUAGAUUGUCUAACGCUGUUCUUGGCGUACACAAAUGGAAAGAAUAUCGUAGCAAAAAAAAAAGGGGGGGGGUGGAGGGGAAUCUGCAAGAACACCAAAUUGUUCAUGUAUAUGCAGAUUUUCUAAUUAUAGAAAACAAAGCCAGAAGAACUGAAGAAAGUAAGUGUUUUUAUGUCUUUCUCUGCAAAUCUCAUGAGAUUAACAAGGACUAUAAAGAUUAGGAGAUUUUUUUGGCGGGGGGAGAAGCUCCAAACUUACCUAUGUAAGGGGGAGAGGGAAUUCUCAUAUAAAAAUGUACAGAGGAAUGGUUUCUAAAAAUGAACUUUCAGUCUUCUUCAAAUUAUAAGAUAGAACAAGAGCAUUCUCUCUCAGUAAAAGACUGUUUUCCUGUCCUAAAAUGGUUCUGUUUCUUUCCCACUCUUGAAUUUUAAUACUGUUCUGAUUCUUUUGUGGCUGUUUUGAUGUAGGAAAACCAGAAUUAUGUGUUGAAAAUAGACAUUUGGUCUGUCUCAGUGAGCAGAUAAAUGUUGUGCAUGUGUAUAGAUUCUACUGUGUCGUCCCAUUAAAUAUUGGUAAGAAAAAGUGCAUCUUCAUUAGCACAGUAAAUUGAUGGUAUAAAACGAAAGAAUGCUUUAGGAUCAAAGGGCCUGAUUCUCUCUUUAUUUGACUGUGAUCGUAAAUGCAUUCAUUCACCGUAGAUGUACGUACACCAGUGUUAAAAUCAGUAGAGGAAAUUGUUUCGGUGAUUUUAUUUUUCCCCAUCAUAUAUACAAAUCCAUAGGGAUCUUUAUUUUUUUCUUUCCACACAUUCAAAGUUUUGCAUUUCCUUUUCCCCAACAUGGGGUGAAAUGAGUUUGGAUAGGAGUGAUUUAAAUUGGGAGCCCUUUUCUGAAUGUCUGUGUAAAAGAUCUCUCAUUGGUAGAGAAGCUUUCCAGGGAGGUCAUCUUAUUCCUUUUCUUGUAAUGCAGGCCUACAAUAUUUGCACUAAAAUUAACAAAAAUAAUGGUAUGGAGGUGGUUUAAAGAAAGGUUGCUGCUAUGAAAGAAAGAACUUAAAAGAAUGGCCAUGCUUUUACAGAUUUUAAUGUACCAUUUUGUAAAAUGAAAGCGGUCUAGAUGGAAAAGAAUGAAGGUUUUAUAUGUAUGUGUGUGUAUAAAAUUAUAAUUAUUAUUUUUUACUUUCUCUUACUGUUCAUUUCCACAUCCCCCUUGAUUCUAUUCUGUGUUCUUUCAUUGCUACUUUUGUGAUUGUGUUCAUUAACCCCAUCCCCAAGUUUAAA